AUGUCGACUGACAAGAUCACCUUCCUGACCAACUGGCACGCGACGCCGUACCAUGCCCCGCUCUACCUCGCUCAGGCUAAGGGCUACUUCAAGGAUGAGGGCAUCAAGGUGGCUCUUCUCGAGCCCAACGACCCCAGCGAUGUGACCGAGAUCAUCGGCACUGGCAAGGUUGACCUUGGUUUCAAGGCCAUGAUCCACACCCUAGCGGCCAAAGCCCGUGACUUCCCGGUCCUCUCCAUCGGCAGUCUGCUCGACGAGCCUUUCACCGGUGUGGUGUAUCUCAAGGACUCAGGCAUUACCACCGACUUCCGCACGCUCAAGGGCAAGCGCAUCGGCUACGUCGGCGAGUUCGGCAAGAUCCAGAUCGACGAGCUGACCUCGCACUACGGCAUGUCCCCCUCCGACUACACCGCUGUGCGCUGCGGCAUGAACGUGUCCAAGGCCAUCAUCGAGGGCAGCAUCGACGCCGGAAUCGGCCUUGAGAAUGUUCAGAUGGUCGAGCUCGAGGAGUGGCUCACAGCCCAAGGCCGCCCCAAGUCUGACGUGCAGAUGCUGCGCAUUGACGAGCUCGCCGAGCUGGGCUGCUGCUGCUUCUGCACUAUCCUAUACAUUGGCAACGAGAAGUUCAUCUCCGAGAACCCGGAGAAGGUGCGCGCCUUCAUGCGUGCCGUCAAACGCGCGACCGACUUUGUCCUUGCCCAGCCGGAGCAGGCGUGGGCCGAGUACGUCGACUUCAAGCCGGUCAUGGGCACACCGCUCAACCGCAAGAUCUUCGAGCGCAGCUUUGCCUACUUCUCGCGUGACCUGAAGAACGUCCAGCGCGACUGGGAGAAGGUCACCAAAUACGGCAAGCGCCUCGGGGUGCUAGCCGACAGCUUUGUGCCGAACUACUCCAACGAGUUCCUGGGGUGGUCGUUUGAGGAAGAGUCUGCCGACCCUACUGGCGACCAAAAGCGCAUGGUCGCUCUCCAGAAGGAUGUUGCGGAGGCCGGCGGUUUCCAGCGUCUUGAGCGCCGCGUUUGCUGCGCCUAA